GCAGAUAAUUGUGGGGACACAAGGCGAUCUGAGAACCAUGACGGAUUACGAAGAAAUAUACGAAGGUAACGGAGAAGAUGUUCAAACCUUCGCCGCUGGAGAUUCUUCACCACCGGCCGCUGCUAACGGCGGCGGCGCCACCGAAGAGUUUAGUGAUUCCAAGUCACAGCGUGGUUCUCGUGACUAUGAAAGAGAGUCCUCAAAAAGCAGGUCAAAGGACAGGGAGAGAGGGCGUGAUAAAGACAGUGAUAGGGACAGGGAGAGGGACAGAGACAAAGAUAGGGAAAGAAGCAGAGGUAGAGACAGGGAAAGAAGUAGAGACCGGGACAGGGAAAAAAGCCGAGACCGGGACAGGGAAAGAGAUCGUGAUCGACAUAGGGACCGUCACAGGGAACGGAGUGAGAGAAGGGAAAGGGGAGGAGAUAGAGAUGACGAUGACUAUCACAGGAGUCGCGAUUAUGACAGGCGGAGAGAUAGAGAUGAUAGACGUAGUAGACAUAGAUCCCGUUCUCGCUCAAGAGCUAAAUCUGAACAUAGAUCAAGGUCGCGGUCUCGUUCACGCUCCAAAAGCAAAAGAGUUAGUGGCUUUGAUAUGGCCCCUCCAGCUUCUGCAAUCUUGGCUGGUGCUGCUGCUGUUACCGCAGUGUGGAAAGGUCGUACCAAAAUGCAUGGUGUUAUUUUGGCAAUGUUGGGCUACUAGCCCCACUGUGCUGAGAAUGGGUGUGAGCCGCUUAUUUGUACAAGGAAGAAUCAGUGCAAUGGUCAGGUUCCUGGGCCCACCCCAGCCAUUCCUGGAAUGUUUCAGAACAUGUUUCCGUUGGCGAGUGGCCAGUUUGGAGGUCUUCCUGUUAUGCCAGUUCAAGCAAUGACUCAGCAGGCCACGAGACACGCAAGGCGGGUUUAUGUUGGUGGACUUUCACCAACUGCUAAUGAACAGACUGUGGCAACCUUUUUCAGCCAUGUUAUGUCUGCAAUUGGUGGAAAUACUGCGGGUCCAGGUGAUGCUGUUGUCAAUGUAUAUAUUAAUCAUGAAAAGAAGUUUGCUUUUGUGGAGAUGAGAUCCGUCGAGGAGGCCAGUAAUGCAAUGGCCUUGGAUGGCAUUAUAUUUGAGGGUGCGCCUGUGAAGGUUAGGAGACCAAGUGAUUACAAUCCCUCACUAGCUGCUACUCUUGGUCCAAGUCAACCUAAUCCUAACCUAAAUCUGGGUGCUGUUGGGCUAAACCCUGGUUCAGCUGGUGGGCUCGAGGGCCCUGACCGCAUCUUUGUCGGUGGGCUUCCUUACUAUUUCACUGAGGCUCAGGUUAGGGAGCUACUGGAGUCUUUUGGGGCUCUUCGAGGAUUUGAUCUUGUCAAAGACAGAGAAACGGGCAACUCAAAAGGUUAUGCAUUUUGUGUAUAUCAAGAUUUAUCUGUCACCGAUAUUGCUUGUGCAGCUCUUAAUGGUAUCAAAAUGGGUGACAAAACCCUCACGGUUAGACGGGCUAACCAAGGUCAAAUUCAACCCAAGCCUGAACAAGAAAGCGUACUCUUACAUGCGCAACAACAAAUCGCAUUGCAGAGAAUGAUGUUGCAACCUGGGGCAAUUGGCACACCUCCUACCAGGGUUCUAUCUUUGACACAAGUGGUAACUGAAGAAGAGCUGAUAAACGAUGAGGAUUAUGAAGAUAUCUUGGAAGACAUGAAAAUAGAAUGUGGAAAAUUCGGUAGUUUAUUCAACGUGGUGAUCCCACGCCCAAAUCCUAACGGUGAACCUGUAGCAGGAGUUGGCAAGGUUUUCUUGGAGUAUGCAGACACAGAAAGUUCAACGAAAGCUCGGGCAGGAUUGAAUGGAAGGAAGUUUGGCGGGAAUCAAGUGGUGGCGAGUUUUUACCCGGAGAAUAAGUUCAAUCAAGGAGAGUAUGAUGGAUAACCAAGCAUCUCUAGUCUUUGCUUGUAUUACUAUCGUAAUAAUAGUCUUCCUCUUUUUAAUAUGCUAUAACAUAGUGGUUUCUUUUUAUUAUGUUAGAGAACAUAUAGGUGUGUGAUAUCUGUUUUGGAUGUUUUGUUUGAAUCUGUGCUAUGUAUCUUGCUUUUGUUUCUU